GGUCAUUUCGCGGCGCUGGAGAUUAAGUAGGAGUUGUUUGCCACCAGCCAAUGUAUGAAAAGUGAGUGUUCACCCCUCACUUCCAACAACAGGUACUACAUCCCCUGUCUUGCCAGGAAAGGAGCCGUAACUGUAGCAACCGGUGGCAGGUUUUCUGUUCCCAAGUGGGGAUGGCGAUGGAGUAAGGAGGGGAAAGGAGGGAGACGGCAGAAGAGUCCGCAUAAAACUGCUCGCCCUGGAGCAGCAGGGAAAGUUCUCUGUGUACCUCCCAGCUCGCUCGCUCCCCAUCCUUCCAUCUGGGAGAACAGAAUCCGAGUCUGCACAGGACGAGCAUCCCUCACAAGCAUCUGGAGGAAACUCUUGCCUCCUGUGAGGAGCAGCAGCAGCAGCAGCAGCCUAUGCCCCCGGCCGCAGCCCAGCUCGGUCAGCCUGUGUCCACGAUGAACGCCUCGUGCUUCCUGCCCUCUGCUCAGCCGGGGCAGCCUAACAGCUCGGAGCUCCGGGACGCCCCCUCCUCCGGCAACCAGAGCGGCCGCGGGUACUGCGAGCAGGUGUUCAUCCAGCCCGGGGUGUUCCUGGCGCUGGGCAGCGUCAGCCUGCUGGAGAACGUCCUGGUGAUCCUGGCGGUGGCCCGCAACAGCAACCUGCACUCGCCCAUGUACUUCUUCCUCUGCAGCCUGGCCGCGGCCGACAUGCUGGUGAGCGUGUCCAACGCCCUGGAGACCAUCAUGAUCGCCGUGGUCAACAGCGGCUCGCUGGCCCUGGAGGACCGCUUCGUGCAGCACAUGGACAACAUCUUCGACUCGAUGAUCUGCAUCUCGCUGGUGGCCUCCAUCUGCAACCUCCUGGCCAUCGCGGUGGACCGGUACGUCACCAUCUUCUACGCGCUGCGCUACCACAGUAUCGUGACGGUGCGCCGGGCGCGCGCCCUGAUCGUGGCCGUCUGGCUGUGCUGCGGCGUCUGCGGCGUCGUGUUCAUCGUCUACUCGGAGAGCAAGAUGGUCAUCGUGUGCCUCGUCACCCUGUUCUUCGCCAUGCUGCUGCUCAUGGGCACCCUCUACGUGCACAUGUGCCUCUUCGCGCGGCUGCACGUGCGGCGCAUCGCCGCGCUGCCCCCCGCCAUCGGGGCGGCCCCGCCGCAGCGCUCGAGCCUCAAGGGCGCCGUCACCAUCACCAUCCUGCUGGGCGUCUUCGUCAUCUGCUGGGCCCCCUUCUUCCUCCACCUCGUGCUCAUCAUCACCUGCCCCACCAACCCCUCCUGCGUCUGCUACGCCGCGCACUUCAACACCUACCUGGUGCUUAUCAUGUGCAACUCCGUCAUCGACCCGCUCAUCUACGCCUUCCGCAGCCCCGAGCUGAGGAGCACCUUCCGCGAGAUCCUGUGCUGCUGCCCCGGCGUGAGCCUGGGCUAGGACGCGGGCCAGAGGCCAGUCCCUCCGGCCACUGCUGACCCUCCAGCCAGCUAAGGUGUUUAGAGAGAAGAGGGGGGGAAUCGAAGACGCCAGAAUGUGUGAACAGCCGAGGUUGAGUGCGUCUUGUUUUGAAGCUUGCAGAGCCUCUGACAGGGAAAUGGAAAGUAACAGGCUCUCUGAAAGGAUCCCAACAUGGGUAAGUCUCUGAUUUCCCCAACAGCCACGGGAGGAGGCUGUGCUCGGCUGCUGUGCGCGCUGAUUCCAUGAGCCAGGGUUUGCAGCGCUUGCCUGCCCACCCGCCUCCUGGCAUGUCCUCGCCCCUCGGGUCGUCCAGACUGAAGGAUUCUCAUUGACAAGAGGGUGGGUCGAAGCUCUCCCAAGCAAACCUCUUACCGCGCCGGACCUAGACUGCCAGCCGCUCCAAUGGCUUUGCCCUUAUUUCAUAAGACACUUGAGUUUCCAUCCUGUUAUUCUGUUCACAGUGCAACAGUUGCCCCACAACAAUGAACUCUUUGUGAAAGAAGCGAUGCAGCACGACAUCCUUUCUACCCUCAUACCCCCACCAACCUCCUCUGAAAAAUAGCAUCGAAAUGUGACCCACGAUGCCCCUACCUUUGUUAUUAGAGUUGUUGCUUUUGUUGUUGGGUUUCAUGCAUUCAGCCUAACGCAGCUUUCAAAAUUCUAAUGAAAAGGAGAUCACGUGCUUUGGAAAACCAGAACAUACCCGUGUGUACAGUAUUUUGAUGCCUUGCUCUCCUGAGGUAUAUAUUUCCCUAUUUUAAAAGCCUUUUCCCUGUUAUUCCUUUUCUGCCUUUAACACAAGAGGGCCUGGUGGAUGGGAGGGGGCGUGUCUCCAGAGAUUGCUUCAUGGUGGUUUCAGGUUUGAGAAAUUGUAGGAUUGCAUGCGACUGUCUUGGAAGCUUUGCUUUUGCUCAUGGUAACUGUGUCUCUAUUGCAUGAUUUCCUGAAAUGUUAUCUAGGAAAGAAAAUUUGGGGGGAUUACUGCUCCUUUUGCUCAGCGUGGUGUUAAAGUCGGGGUGAUCCUGUUAUCAACGUCUGUACCUUAUCAAGUAAAGCAAUUCAUUCCCGUGAGCACGGGCGAGAUUUGCUGACACUAGCACUGCAUACGCUGCAUGCUGUGUGCUCUGCACCUGGUCAGACCCUUUCCUUCCCUGGAGAACUCCACCCCCACACCAGGGGUUCUCCUGCGCUGUGUCUUUGGUGUACAGUUGUGUGUUUUUCUUGUGCCGGAAUAUAUUGGGGGUUUCAGUGUACUUGAC